AUGCCCCAGGGCGGAAGACGGGACAUCAUGGCCGAAGCGGUCCAUUACAUCCAUCUUCAGAACUUCAGCAAGUCUCUCCUGGAGACCCUGAAUGGGCAGCGUCUGGGCGGACACUUCUGCGAUGUGACGGUGCAUAUCCAGGAGGCCACACUGCGUGCCCACCGGUGCGUGCUGGCUGCUGGCAGCCCCUUCUUCCACGAUAAGCUGCUGCUGGGUUACUCUGAGAUCGAGGUGCCCCCUGUGGUGCCCAGCCAGGUGGUGCGGCAGCUGGUGGAGUUCAUGUACAGCGGCUCGCUGGUGGUGGCCCAGUCGGAAGCUCUGCAGAUCCUCACGGCCGCCUCUAUCCUGCAGAUCAAGACGGUAAUCGACGAGUGCACCCAGAUCAUCUCCCAGAGCCGCAGCCCGAAGCCUCCAUCUGCCCCCCAGUCUAUACCUCUCUCCCUUCCCAGGGUCCUGCCCGCCAAGCCCCAAGAGCAGCCUCCCAAGGAGGCUAUCGCUGGCGUAUCCCGGCCUGGGGACCUAGAGGCCGCCCACCUCGAGCCUCCCAAGCUGCUCUGCGCCUCAGAGGUGCGCUACAAGCUGCGCGACCUGCUCUCCUCCCAGCACAGGGAGGCGAGGUCGGCCACCUGCGAGGGGGGCCUGAGCGACGGGGAGGCCGGGGCGCCUUACCUGCAUCCCGCCGAGGCCACCACCAGCUGCCACAGCCGCAAGCAGCGCCAGCCGGUGAGGCUGCAGCUCUCCGAGACGAUGCCCGUCAUCAUCAAGGACGAGGAGGAGGGCAGCGGGGAAGGCAGGGAGGGGGUGGCGGCCGAACGGGGAGCCAAGCUGAGCUGCUUCAGCGAGUGCGGCGGGAGCGGCAACUUCCCCACCGGCUACAGUGACGAGGCAGAGGCAAAGGACGCAGGGAGUGCUAGUGGGGCCGGCAGGAAGGAGAGCCUCCACCUGGACUACGCCGCCGCCGCCGAAGGCCAGGAUUUCUUUGGGAACCAAGACGUGUUUUCCGAGUCCUUCAUCCCGACCUGGCAGGGGGAGGAAAGCAGCGAGGAGGCCGCCCCGGCCGCCGCGCGGGACAGGGAGAAGUUCCACUCUGACUGCAGCUUGGAGGCUUCCAACUUGAGAAGCUUGGCGGGGGAGUUCAAGUCUGACUUGGGCGGCCCCUCCUCGGCCUUCCCACCUCGCAGCAGUAGCGGCGGCAGUGGAGGGCUGACUUUUGUCUCUUCCCUGGGCAUCCAACGGGAGAUGAAGGCCGAGGCCAGCGGCGCCAACACAGCGACCAGCACCACAAGCAUCUUCCAGUUCCACCUGCCCCAGCCUGGCGGCGUCGCCCAGAGCUUUUACAGCAUACAGCAGCAGCAGCAGGAGGCGGGCGCCGGCAACCUGGUGCAGCUCAGCCCUGGCGCCAUGGUCCCGGGUGCCCUGCACGGCGGAGAGCAGCAGAGCCAACAGCCCGGCCCCUCGCGCUGCUCCGAGCCCUCCUACCAGUGCAGCCAUUGCCAGAAGACUUUCAGCUCCCGUAAAAACUAUACCAAGCACAUGUUCAUCCAUUCUGGCGAGAAGCCCCACCAGUGCAGCAUCUGCUGGCGCUCGUUCUCGCUGCGGGACUACCUGCUCAAGCACAUGGUGACCCACACGGGGGUGCGCGCCUUCCAGUGCUCCAUCUGCUGCAAGCGCUUCACCCAGAAGAGCUCCCUGAACGUGCACAUGCGCACCCACCGCCCCGAGCGCUUCCAGUGCUGCAUUUGCAACAAGUACUUCUCCCACCGCACCCUGCUGGAGCGCCACAUGACCACCCACUCCGCCUGGAAAGGCGGGCAGCCCGACGCUCCGGGGGCCAUCACCGCUGCCUCCGCCGCCACCGACUGGAAGGACAAGCCGAGCAUCGCCGCCGCCUCCACCGAGGGGACCAUCGCCGCUGCAUGGAAAACAGGAGAGCCGUCUUCCGAGAGCGCCAUCACGGCGUGGAAAGCAGGGGACCCGGUUUCGGGGGAAGGCAGCCUGGUGGCCUGGAAGGGGGAGGCGACAGGGGAAGGGCCAGUUGCAGCUUGGAAAGGGGACCCAGCAGCUGAGGUAUCCAUACAGACUCACCCAGCCUAG